CACUCCUCCUUUUCCUCUCUUUCUCUCUCCUUUUUCUCAAGGAGGAGUUUUCAUUUCCUAAGAGAAAAAAAGUCACACACGUUGCGUGGAUUUAGACUUUUGAGAGUUUCUGCAUGUGUUUCAGAGUUUAAAGCCUAAGACUCACAACAGUCCUGAAGAAAAGAAGACGAUUUUCACACAUUUGCUCACAACAAGGCUCCGUCUCCUCCUGCAGGCUUUCAUCUCAGGAGGGACGCGAUGACCCGAAAGAUACCAGUGGCUGAAUCUUGCCUUCUUUCGUUUCUAUUGGCUUUCAGUGUGUAUCCAUUGAGGGCCGAAUACUCCAGCUGUGGAGAAAAUGAGUUUUAUAACCACAGCAGCAGCAGCUGCCGGCCGUGUCCACAGUGCCAACCAGGCCAGGAGCCGUACAUGAAUUGUGGCUAUGGUGUUAAGGAUGAAGACUAUGACUGUGUGUCAUGCCCACCGGGGAAAUUCUCCAGGGGAAAAUAUGAGAUUUGUCGUCGUCAUAAAGACUGCAACGCACUGUACAGAGCCACGGUGCUCACGCUGGGUACGAGGGAGAGCGAUGCCGAGUGUGGACCCUGUUUACCUGGGUACUACAUUUUGGAAAAUCGUCCGAGAAACAUCUAUGGCAUGGUGUGUCACUCUUGUCACAACGCUCCACGGAACACGAAAGAGUGUAUGCGAACGACAUCCAUUUCAUUGAACCGUGGCUCAGGAACAUCCACCAGCACCACUACGUUCCCUCAUGCUGAAAAAGAUCCAACAGGGCAGGGUCACCUAGCAACAGCCCUUAUCAUCGCCAUGUCCACCAUCUUCAUCAUGGCCAUCGCCAUAGUGAUGAUCAUCAUGUUUUACAUCCUGAAAGCUAAGCCAAGCGGCCAAGCAUGCUGUUCGGGCCAGAUGGUGAAAACCAUAGAGGCUCCUACAAACAAGCAAGAGGAGAAAAAAGAUGCCCAAGAGAAGGACGAGUUCAAGCCUCCGCCAACAAAGGCAGUAAAAAGUGAAAACGAUGCGUCUUCUGAGAAUGAGCAGCUGCUGAGCCGCAGCAUUGACAGUGAUGAAGAAGCGGCACAUGAGAAGCAGGGAUCUACUGAUCUUUGCCUUUUAUCUCUCGUUAAUCUCACUCGAGACAAGACCUGCUCGAGCAUCACCAUCAACAACAACAACUGCAGCAACAACAGCAGAACUAUGGGGAUUCACAGUCGAAGGAAAAAAAUCCUAGAGUUGUACGCCAAAGCUUGCAGUGUUGCCGAGGGUUUAAGCCCAGUUGAGUUGCCCUUUGACUGCUUGGAGCGAACAAGCCGCAUGCUGAGCACCACCUACAGCACAGAGAAGGCAUUAGUCAGGACGUGGCGUCAUCUGGCUGAGAGCUUUGGAUUAAAACGUGAUGAAAUCGGAGGAAUGACUGAUGGCAUGCAGCUCUUCGACCGUGUCAGUACAGCAGGAUACAGCAUCCCGGAUCUGCUAGCUCGUCUCGUCCAGAUCGAGAGGUUGGAUGUUGUCGAAGCGCUAUGCUUUGAUAUUCUCGGUGCACCCCAUUCUGGCCAGCAUCUGACGAUUUCUUCACGUUGCGCUAGUGUUUGAGAUCCCACAAUUUAAGCAACAAUGAAGAAAAUCCUCUCCAAACUUUGGUGCUGAUAUUCUCAGAGUAUCAGACAGACCACUGCCCCCAUCUGGCCAUCAUUCUUUUUGUUUAGAGUUUUCUUCUGAGGUGCCACAAAAAAUGUUUCUUUGAAAAGUCCAAAAAAGACCAAUGUUGUGCUGGACACCUGGAAUUAAGGACUUCUUCUUUUUCUCCAGAAUUACGUGACUGUCCUGCAAAAAUUAGAGGUUAGACACAUUCAAAAAUUGUAUACAGUUUCUUAAGAAUGCUUUUCUUCCUACAGUGAAGGAUUUCAUCUGAAACGUCCUGUUUCUUGUGACGUUUUCCAGAAUUAGUCUAACAUCUACUUUUUUUUUUCACAGUUAGGAUGCUGAUAUUAAACUGAUGAUAUUAACAAUCCUGAUAGCUACAGCCAUCAGACCAUGGUACAUCUUUAAAAAGGUACAUGGUAUCUGGACAGCAUUUAAACUGAAAGAUAAUUUGAAUUGGAUUUUAAUUGUAUUUAAAAGAGCAGUUUUCAUUUCAACUUGUCCAAAAUAAUGAUCUUUGGAGGGCAGUCAUCCCUGUGCUGCCUUCCAAACACAGCAGGGCUUCUAAACGGACCCCCGGUAUUUUGAAGUAUGCAUGAUCACAAUUCUGUGUUGAAUAUCACAAUAUAUCAUAUAAAAUAUUAUCAGCACAUGUCUAAUAUAUAUUUAUAGCGAUAUUGUGAGAUGUAUGAGAUCUGACAAAAACAUUUUUUAACAACUUCAAAUUUUCGUAGACCAAAUGUUGGACUGUGAGAUGAAAGUGUGUGUGUGUGUGUGUGUGUGUGUGUGUGUGUGUGAUGCCCUUGUAUCCAUGGGCUACUUCUCUGGUUCUUUAUUUUUGCUGAAAUUAGGGGAUUUACGACUUUCGAUAUUAAGUGCCUGCGCGUUCCAGCACCUCGUAAACUUAAAAAAAAAAACAGCAAGCAGCUAACUGGAGCAAUGAGCAAGACAGCAGAAGGAAAGACUAAAAGAUGGCUAAUAAUCUUUCACUUAUUACAAAGAGCUCCAGAUCUGCGUUUAUGGCAUGUGCUUGAUCAUUUCAAGCAAUCAGUGACAAGCAGCAGAACCAUACGGAAAUGACAUUGCACGUUUCACGGUUUUUAAUGUGUUUGUGUGUUUCUUUCAUAUUGUGAGCUGUUUGACAGCUAAAUAGAGCAGAGCUCCAAGAGGAACUAAAGCUAUCAAGAUGUCUGGUUAAUCUCACCAUGUACAGACCCGCUCAAGUGACCUCAUUUAUAGCAUUAAGGCAAAAGAAAGCUUCUUACCAAAUAUGAGUGUAUAUAUAUUAUUAACUUAUUAUUGUACAUAUGCAUCAUGUUAAGAACUAUCAAUAAAAGAAUUAUAUUUAGACUGCU